GGCCGGCCAGUGCGCUCUGUUCGUUUAUAAUAAGUGGCCAUAGGGAAAAAAACCGUCCCUCGACUCUCGACCCUCGACUCACGACUCACUCAACUACACAGUUGUCUCCAUCCGCUCAUUUUUGUCUUCUGGCGCAGUUCUUUGAAAAGAGAGGCAAACAAUUCGGCGUUUCCAUCUCGCAAACCACUACACAGCCGCAGGCGAUUGAUUGUCCACAGCCCACGUCGACAAAAUGUUCGACAUUGACUGGAAGGGCCUCGCCCUUCCAUUCGCCUACCUGCUUGUUCUCGGCGGUGCUCUCAUGACCUUUUCUACCAUCUAUCGCAGACGGAAGGCUGCUGAAAGCGCAAACCUCGCACCUUGGUUCGGCCCUCACCUCCAGCGAGACAUCUAUCUUUCCCUCUUGCACCUUGAUCCCGAAGAGGGCGGCGAAAAGUCCCCCAAGGUCCCCGAUGGUGUCCUGCGAGCAGCCCUUCUCCGACGCGCAGUUGAGGAUAUCGAGCGCCUGAUCCACAUCAAGACCGCCAAGCAAGCAUGUGGCUCGCUUCUGCAAAGAGGAAGCGUAGGCGAUGACCUUUGGCAACGUUUCCUACGCGCUGAGAAAGAAAUGGAAGAGGAGCUUAGAGAUGUUGUUACAGAGGCCAAUGCCCUGGCACCAAAUUGGGGCACCAUCAUCUUCCAGUCCGCCCACGAAAUCGCCGCCAACACAAAGCUCCGCCAGCGCCUAGACGAGAUCCAAGCCCAGACUGAUGCCGAGAAGGCUUGGUGGGACAAGAAGAGGGGACAGAUCCAGGCAGACUUCAUGAAGGAACUUGAAGAGUCUGAGAAGGGCUCAACAAAGGACGGGAAUGAGGAUGACGCCGUGGUAGUUGACUCACCAAAGAAGGGUGGCAAGAAAUAAUAGAAGAGUGAGAUGGAGAGGCAGAUGUAGACGCGAGGCUGGUGGUUUCAACACAGUUACUGUGUCAAUGUACAUAUAUUCAUUCGAGGGAGAGAAGGGAAAGGGUCACUUUGGUUCUUCAUAGGCCCAAUUACAUGAAUGCAAAAUCAGGUCCUGGGAAAUCUCAUUGCAGAAAGCUUUUAAAAAUUAUCAAAGAAAAUACAAAAUAAAAAUACAUAAUGGGACCAGAAAAGUUCGGCAUACUUCAGCAAAGGAUUGA